AUGCUAUCGUCUCUCCCUCUAGGCUCAGGUGAUGGGGGUCGUGUACCACAGAGAGUCACAUCCCCUCCCUCCCAUUCAUCAGGUGAUGACUUUCCUGGGCCCUUGCUUAUCACCGCUGCCUCCGUCUCUGCUGCGUUUGCCGACGACGAGGGCGAUGAGGCAGCAGCAGGAGGAGGAGGAGGAGGAGAGGAAGAACAAGGAUUAACAGCUACAGCUUCCGCUACAGCCAAAAAUAACAGUGUUACUAACAUCACGGCGCAGCUUGGGGCCUCUGUGUUCCUCCCGUGCAAGACUCACCACUCAAUGGAGAGACAGCUCCUGCCGCAGGUGUCCUGGGUGCGACGGAGGGACUGGCAUAUCCUCACCUCCGGCACUCUCACCUACACCAAGGAGGAGAGGUUCACAGUCCACCACCCAGAGGGCAGCACUGAGUGGACGCUCGCGAUCAAGUACGUCGAAUUGGCUGAUGCGGGGACCUACGAGUGUCAGAUCUCAACGGGAGGCGGGAUAGUGUCUCACCUGGUGAGUCUGACGGUGGUGGUACCCAGAGCUGUCAUCCCAGGCAACGGAGAGUACCAUGUAGAGUCUGGCUCUACCAUCUCCCUCGUCUGCUUCAUCGAGCAGAGUCCUGUGGCCCCACAGUACAUCUUCUGGUACCACAACUCGCGCAUGAUCAACUACGACAGGGAGAGAGGCGGAGUAAACGUCCACAUCGACACUGGGCCCAGGGUUCGAUCCCAGCUCAGCGUCAGCAACGCCAGGUCGUCUGACUCUGGGAAUUACACCUGCGCCGCCGCCAAUACCGAGUCAGCCUCUAUCACUGUGUAUAUUACAGAAGAUAACAAGAUCGCAGCCAUCCACACCCAAGCGGUGGACGGUGCCGUGUCCCUCCGUGGCUCCUUGGCACUGCUAGGGGGCCUCCUUGUCUUCACCCAGCUCCACGCCUGCGACUGUGUGUUCCUGCGUGGUUCCGUGGCUCUGCUAGAGAUCGUCGUCAUCCUCACACAUCUCGCCUUCCAAUGAGCCCUUCCCUGGCUGUCAUCCUGAGAGCUUCACCUUCGCCUGUCACCCACCGCUGCCUUCAAGGGCCGAACUAAGGUCAGCUGACCCCAUCGCUAGAAGUCACCCCCCUCUAAGGUCCGAAUUAAGGUCAACUGAGCCACAUCGCAAGAAAUCGUGGCUUAAGUUACGAGACGAACUAUCAGCUGACCUUCAUCCCUAAGAAAUAGCGGGUGGAUGGUCCGAACCAGGUUUACCUGAACCCAUUCGUUCGAUGUCGCAGCUUUCUGACAAGAUAUACAAUUUUGUCGUCAUGACUCGAGUUUGGACUUCAAUCGUUGUGAAAACGAGACCUCAGUCUUCACCAAAGAGGCAAUUACACUUUGACACCUCAAAAUAAUUUUACAUUUAGGGAGUAUUUAACGCGACGAUCCCAGCUGAACGAGUAAUUCAAAGCCUCGAUCACCAAUGAUUGGGUAAUUAAAAGCCUUAAAUAAUUAUUGCUGAGGUAAUCAUGAGCCUCUGUUGCUAAUGAUGGGGGAUAAUAAGACUCUCGAUCUUCUUUGAUGGUAUACCUUAAAGCCUAAAUUGUCAUUGAUUGGACAAUUUGCCAUCCUCGUACCAAUUUUGACCUACACAAUUAAAUUUACACGUUUCAUAAUAAAGUGGUCAAAGGCUAAACAAAAUUUCGACAUGAAGCUAAAUUACGUAAAACUGAAGACACGAUUAAUUUCUUGAGUUAACGUUGCAACGAUUACACACUAUUUUACCACAAAUCAUAUACGUCAGAAUGUUUAUCCGAAUAAAACAACCAGCCUCUUAGGACUACAAGUCAUAGAGACACACACACUGCAAAUUACGCUCGAGAUGAACAUUCACACCCGAGUAGUCUACAUCCCACAGUGAAUCACAGAGACGAACGCCUCGACAAAAUACAACGCUCUACACUAUCAAACUUGGACCACGGAAGCCAAAAAAUAAGCACAGUAUCUGAGACAACAAAUUUCCAGGAAGGAAAAAUAAAACAGGAACCAUAAAAAAACGACAGUUACAAAACAUUUUCCUCGCCCAAAAUAGGGUGACGGAGGGUGACAAAAACUUUCUCAGCUUUCUCAGUUUGUUGAUAUACCGGACUGAAAAUGUGAAUGAUCAAUAUAGCAUGUGAAGCUUACGUGUGCAGCUUGUGGUUCAAGGUCCUUGAAAUCCAGCUUGAAAAACAGAUCGAUCCUUAAUAUAUUAUGUCGAGUGAUUUAGGCCGUAAACCACAAAACGUUUGUUAAACGUCAAAAAGUGACAAGACGGUCGAGGAAAACGAACUCAGAGUGAGUGGAAAGAGAGUGACAAGUAGAAGGAACUACAGACUAAUGGACCGAGGUGAGUGAUCUAAUCUUACUUCAGUGAUAAAAAUGACAAAAAUCAUGAGUAAUAACUAGAAAAAAAGAGUGUGAACAGACUGGUUGUAAUAAGUAAACAAAUGCAUCUUUUUAAUAAAGGAACCAUAUACAUGCAUGUGAUUGCUUAUAAACAAUGGUGCAGAGGACAAAAACGUCUCACUUAACCUGAGACUUUUACCUGCUCUCUACACUGAUACAAAAAUAACCAGAUAUGUAUGUACUCAGAAAAUAUGAACAAUAGUAUUCAACAGUGAAGAUGGUGAGGCAAAUAGUGGAGUAGUGAGAGGAGAGGGGGGGGGAAGAGGGGCCGAAGAGUCUCGCGUACUGCCUCACAGGCCCAGAACACCUCUCUUGUGAGAGGUGUUGGGAACAUCUGUCUUGUGAGAGGUGUGGAAACACCUGUCUUCUUCCUGUAUUCUCCGUCUUGGCGUGUGAGUCUUUCUCCAGAGUUGACCGGCCAUGGUGAACUGCAAGUGGUGCGGUGCACUGAUGUAGCUACAAAAGUUCAUUCUUGUGAGAUAUUUGAGUGUUCUUGAGUGCGCGGUGAGUGCGUGAAUGUAUGUUGUGUAUCCUUGGGUGCGUGAGCGUGGCGAAAUUUUAUGUGUCAUUGAGUGCGUGAUCUGAUUGAUUAUGGUGUGUCCUCGAGUACUCGUGCGUAUUCGAUUAUAGUGUUUCCUGGAAAGGAAGGGAAUUUUCAGAGGAAAGCGCCAAGCCAUUACGACUAUAUAGCACUGGGAAGAUGUCAGGAUAAGGAUUUGGGAUGGGAUGGGGGGGAAGGAAUGGUGCCCAACCACUUGGACGGUCGGGGAUUGAACGUUGACCUGCAUGAAGCGAGACCGUCGCUGUACCGUCCAGCCCAAAUGGUUGUUCCCUGGUGUGUGCGUGCAUACGUGCGGGAUUAUAGUAUGUUUUAGAACGCAUGGGCAAAUAUAACAUUUGCGUGUGGGUCCAAAGCUCUCCGUUUGUAGCUGAACAUAAUUAUUUUUUUUUGGUUACCAAAUACUGAAGACAGUCCUGAAUAAAUGAAGAAAAGCGACUGAGAAAAAAAUGAGAAAAGUGUACAAGAUAAUCAUCCAAAAAACACGUGAGUUUCAGGGGCCAACGAGCCAUGAAAAAUAACGGAGAAUGAUCAAAAGAACUUAGACAAUUAUGAACGAUUAUUGACAUCCUAAACAUGAAAGUGAAAAUGACAGCGAAGUGUCUUGACUUAGAGAAAGAUUUGAGAAAAACGGUAGGAAUAGAACGAAUUUUCUAUAGAAAUUAAAAUAAUUAUUAGUAAUCCCCUGGAAAUACAGGCAAGACAAUGAAUAGUCGAGAUGUAGGGAAUAGACAAGACAGAGAAUAGUGACGACUUAAUAGGGAACACAAUGAAUAGUCAAAAUUUAGGGAAUAGGCAAGGAGUGAAUAGUCAAUAUCUGGCAAAUUGGCAAGACAGAGAAGAGUCAAGUCCUGGGGAAUAGGCAAAAGGUGAUAUAACCAAGACGUGGUGGAUAGGCAUGAAGUAUAGGUCAAACUUGCUGUAACUGGCAUAAUUAAUUGGCAGGCAAAUGAGAAUAGGCCAAACAUGCUUGGCAAGACAUGGCUAUAGUCAUUAAUGAUAAAUAGGCAUAAUUUGUUGAAUAACCAACUAAAAGGAAAUAGGUAUGUGAUGAAUAGGUAAAAAAAUAUAUUCACACAAUGAAAAGUAAAUGUAAAAAUGCUCGUAACAGCAACAAGUCAUCAUGCGUAUUUAUUGUAAUACUGUGACGUACAAGUAAUACUGUGACGUACCGGUAAUAUUUUGACGUACCGGUAAUAUUUUGACGAACCGGUAAUACUUUACACACGUAGUAUUGUGACAUACCGGUAAAUUUGUGACGUAGUUAUAUUCUGACGUACUGGUAAACCGCCGACUCUCCCCAGUGACGUGGAAUUGGACGACAUGAACUCGUGAUAAUAGACAGUGAAUAGACGGCGCGUCACACGCGUCACGUUGCCGGUGGAAUCCCAUGACAAAUUGAAACUAAUAACAGAACAGCAACCUGGAAAUAGAAAGCAUUUGUACAACCGAAAUAGACAAAUACAAUCCAUCACGCAGGGUUUUAUUUCUAGUAGGUUAUAAAGCCACCGAAUUAGUACAUAUAUUCGUUUUGUUUUAAGUUCUAUGUUCGGAAUAACGCAAUGUAGGGAGAACCCAAAAUUCUGCAGGACAUCGAAAAAUCUAAGAGUUAUUCUUGUUUAUUGUGUGAAUAUGUCUGCGUGGCAUCUUUGUAUCAAGAUAGUAGGCUGGUAGACUUUAGUUCUAUCAUUCUCUGAAGUGUUGAUGAAGUCUAUUAACCAAGCAGCAAGUAUACUGUAUCCUGAAUAGAGAUCAGGAUUACAGUGACCUCUCGGUGCAUGUAUAUAUAUAUAUAUAUAUAUAUAUAUAUAUAUAUAUAU